AGGUGGACUCGAAUCUAACCAGAGUGAACGGUCCAAGAUCCAUUCACCUGAAUUCGUAAUUUUGCCAUCUCCGUCUAUAAAUACCUCUCCUCUCCAAUGGCUUCCAAACAAAGAGGAGAGGGGAAAAAGAACGAGAGAGAGAGAGAGAGAAGGAUGAUGCUCUUCAAAACAACGUCUUCUCUAUCACGACAAUGGACGAAAUCACGCUCACACCAGAGCUUCUCUGAGUCUCUAAUGGCGGAUACUAUUGUAUCCGCUGAAGCUAUCGUAAACAGAUGGAUUUCACCAGAGCUCCAUGACUCUUCCGUCUCUUCCUCUUUCUGUACUCUCUCUUCGCUUUUCUCCCCCGGAAACCGCGAAGAGGGGAGACGGUUCGUCGAGGUCAUCGGCAGUUUGCGAUACGCGAUGCAGAGUGUGAUGUCGGUGAAUCCAGGAUCGAAGAAGCUGGAUCGGGCGCAGAAUUUGAUGCGGAUCGCUAUGAAGCACCUGCAGAGGGAGUUUUACAGGAUUUUGAAAUCGAAUCGGCGGUAUCUGGAUCCGGAAUCUGUCUCGGUUCGGACUUCGAGGGCUUCCGAUUCCACCACAUCCAGGUGUUCAAGCAGAAGCGUCUCCGACUCUGAAUUGGACGGUGAAUCUGACUCAUCGAACUCUGAUGAGUCGAAAUCGGAGAGCGAAAGAGGAGGUGACGACGCGGAUGUCAUGGAGGAUUUGAAGAUGAUCGCGGAUUGCAUGAUAUCUUGCGGCCACGACAAGGAAUGCGUGAAUACCUACAAGAAAAUCAGGAAAUCGAUCAUCGUUGAGUCACUGGACCGUCUGGGUUUCGAGAAUCUGAGUCUCUCGCAGAUUCAGAAACUGGACUGGGAGAUUCUGGAGAAGACGAUGAAGAACUGGUUGCGGACGGCGAGAGUCGCGGUGACGACUCUGUUUUGCGGAGAACGAAUCCUCUGCGACCAUGUCUUCUCGUCAUCCGAUGUCAUCCGCGAAUCUUGCUUCGCCGAGAUCGCGCUGGAUAGCGCUUUAUCCCUGUUUGGCUUCCCGGAAAAUGUCGCAAAGUGCCGGUUAACUUCCGAGAAAGUUUUCAUAACUCUCGACGUCUACCAAGCGAUCUCCAAUCUGAUGCUUCAAAUCGAGCUCGUUUUCAGCUACGGUUCGACCAGCUCCGUCAAGUUACAGGCGAUCGAAUCUCAAUCCAAGCUCGGGGAAACAAUUCGAUCCAUGUUGGGGGAAUUCGAGACCUCGAUUUCAAUGGAGUCGUCGAAAUCACCGAUCCCUGGAGGCGGAGUCCACCAGCUAGCGAGAUACGUCAUGAACUUCAUCGUCUUCCUCGCCGACUACAGCGACUCACUCGCCGGAAUUCUCACCACCGAGACGCCUUCAACCUUACCGGAAGACUUCUUCGGAGGAGGUGGAACGGAAACAGCCGGCGCCGUCGUCUACUCUCCGGUGGCCACGAAACUGGCAUGGCUCAUCCUCGUCCUCUUGUGCAAGAUCGACGCCAAAUCUCGGCUGUACAACGACGUGGCCCUCUCGUACCUCUUUCUCGCCAACAACCUCAAUUACAUCGUCGACAAGGUCAGUACAUCGAACCUGAUGGUGGUGUUGGGGGAGGACUGGGUGACGAAGCACGAGGAGAAGGUGAGGCAGUUCGUGGCCAAGUGCGAGAAGAUCGCAUGGGGCGGCGUGAUGACGUCACUCUCCGGCGAAACGGAGGACGCGGAGGAGAUAUUGCGGCGGUUCAACGAGGCGUUCGAGGAGGCGUACAAGACGCAGAGCUCGUGGGUGGUGCCUGACCCUAAGCUCAGAGACGAGAUCAAGGUCUCCGCCGCCGGGAAGCUUAUUCCCGCCUAUUCCGAGUUCUAUAAAAAUCAGAACAUGGAAAAUGUCAGAUUUGCCCCCGAAGAUCUGGGGAAUUACCUCUCCGACCUCUACUUCGGCUCCGGUGGAUGUAUCUCGUCCGACUCCACCCGACCAAGACGUUGAGUCUUGAGUUGAGAGUGUGUUGAUAAUUUAAGUAGAUGGUAAUGCCAGCUAGACAGCACGUGCGUGAAUUAGGAAUAUAAUUUAAAAAAUCUUAAUAUUAUGUAAAUACAGAGUGGAGGACGGCCCAUUGGAUAAUAUUUUCUCUAAUUAUAAACCCAAUUAUAUUCCUCCUACAAAGCCUGUUAUCGGCCCAUUGGAUUUUUCUUUUCUUUUCGUACCAAUAACUUUCCAUUUCAUUUAUAUUGCCACGUGGAAGCUUAGAAACUUCCAUCCAUCCAUCCAUCCAUGUCUCUACGUGUAUUUGUAAGAACUCGACGUAUUUGUAUAACUCGUCGUAUACGGCGGAGUCAUGGUACAUUGCAGCGUGUGAGAGAAUAUCUUUCUGGCCCCUCUUGUCAGAGUAUUUGUAUGUU